GUAAUUUUUGUAUUUAAUGUUUUUCCUUGGUGUUGAUUUCAUAUUGGCACAUAAUAAAGCAUACUCUACUCUACUUUUAUUUCAAACACAUUACACAUUCGCACGCAUUACAAAAUAUAUUGAAACGCUGGUACGUGACAUAUCAUAAUUGAAUACUAUCAGAACGUCAUAUUUACUACAGUCUGCAAGGCAAUUAUUAUUAUUCGACACAGAUAUAGCAUCAUUGGCAACUGCGCCUUCGAGAUAACGCUUUGAUCUUUGAUCCUCCAAGAGGCUGCGUGCGCGCCGUUCUUUUCACGUGCUAGACGACUUGUUGCCGCGCGCCAGUCACCUGUGUGUAGCCUUAACUCGUGUUAACAAGUCAUAAUUUGAAUGGAAAACGAAAAACGAUUUUAUUUAAGAAAUAACUUGAGUCCAACGAUACAAAACUGUGCAGCGGAGGUUAAAGGUAGUACAACAUGAAGGUCGUCACGCAGAGAAGCGGCAAUGGUAUCAAAACAAAACAUGUCUUACAUUCCACACCGGUAAUAAAGUAACACGCUAGUGUUACCAGAACGCUGAAAUGAUACCACGAUGGAGGAAAACUGUAUCGAGAUUGUUCCUAAUUCCCCAGCGGUAUGUCUUGGGCAUCAUGGGUCUGUUGGCUGUGUGCAACGCGUACACCAUGCGAGUUUGCCUCAACCUGGCCGUCACUCAAAUGGUUAAUACAACAAAACACGAAGACGCGCAUUUUGAUCCUGACGCGUGUCCUGACGACAGCGAAAUACUGACCAACGGAACAGUUAGCUUGAAACCGUACGCUAUAUUCGAUUGGUCCGAAUCAACGCAAGGCCUGAUACUCAGCGGGUUUUACUAUGGAUACGCUAUAACUCAUGUCCCUGGAGGAUACUUGGCGGAAAAAUACGGAGGGAAAUGGACUUUGGGAAUAGGUCUUCUGAGUACAGCUAUCUUCACGCUCAUGACGCCCGUAGUUGUGAAAGCUGGGGGAGCUACUUGGCUAUUCAUUUUGAGAGUAUUACAAGGAAUGGGUGAGGGUCCAACAAUGCCGGCUCUGAUGAUAGUACUGGCUCGAUGGGUUCCACCCCAUGAACGAUCACGGCAAGGAGCUUUGGUCUUCGGUGGAGCACAAAUAGGAAAUAUAUUCGGUUCUUUCAUGUCAGGAUUCUUGAUGGCUGGAGAUGGUGAUUGGGCUAAUGUGUUUUAUUUCUUCGGAUGCUUUGGUGUACUAUGGUUCGUGGCUUGGAGUAUACUUUGCUUCAGUACACCAAACACUCACCCGUAUAUUUCUGAAGAGGAGUUGAAUUAUCUUAAUGAAACAGUAACCAGUGCUGAUACAAAAAGCGUCAGAGACCCCGUGCCUUGGAAAGCGAUUGUCAGAUCAGUGCCUGUUUGGGCAUUAUUGUUCGCUGCUGUUGGUCACGACUGGGGCUACUACACAAUGGUGACAGAUUUACCGAAAUACAUGACAGACGUUCUUAAAUUCAAUAUCGCUACAACUGGAACGCUAACUGCGAUUCCGUAUCUCGCCAUGUGGAUAAGCUCAUUUAUAUUUGGAUGGGCCUGUGAUUUUUGCGUGAAAAAGAAUUGGCAUUCCAUUAAGACCGGCCGGAUCAUUCAUACGACUAUAGCUGCGACGGGGCCCGCAAUAUGUAUCAUAUUGGCUUCAUAUGCGGGCUGUGACCGUUUUGCCGCCGUCGCCUAUUUCAUCGCAUCUAUGGCUCUCAUGGGAGGAUUCUACAGUGGAAUGAAGGUGAAUGCUUUAGACUUGGCACCGAAUUACGCGGGUUCCUUGACCGCCAUGAUCAACGGGACGUCAACAAUAUCGGGAAUCAUCACGCCGUAUCUAAUUGGGCUAUUAACGCCAGACUCAACCCUGGUACAGUGGCGUGUCGCGUUUUGGGUUUGUUUCGCCGUUCUGGUUGGAACGAACGUCGUGUACAUAAUUUGGGCUGACGGGAAACGUCAGUGGUGGGAUGACGUGCGUCAAUACGGUUAUCCUGCUGAUUGGAAACACGGUCCCCUGAAAAUGGCGGACGAAGACAAAGAGAAAAGUAAAAAAGCCGAAGCUAAUGAUUCCGGGAAGUGAAAACGUGGAAUUUUCAACAAAUCGGAUUGUCAUUUCGAAUAUAUUACAUCAUAGUUUAAUAAAAUUUAAUUUUGUUUCGCCCUCAUUUUUCGGCAUUAUGUAACUGAACAAGUUUCACUAUUUUUGUUUAACUCUGUGUACAUAAACAUAACAAAAACAUUAUUUACAUGUUGCAAAGUGAGCUUACAGUUUUCACUGCUGGCAAUCUAUGAACAAUCUACAUUACAUCUAAAUUUACAUGAUCGUCUGCAGAAUAUAUGUCACAUGCUUAUUGAAAUGAUUGUAUAGCGUAAGCUGUAAGUGCAGGUUCUAAAGUUUUAAUUAAGUGCAAGUACCUACAAAAUCCGUGUUUAUUUUUUAAUAAUAUUUUUUUGGCGUUGCGAAAUUAGAAAUUUUAAGAAAUUGACAACUAAAUAUUCCGAAUAUAAUAUUAUUUUUGUUGUACUUCAAUUUAGUGAAUGGUUGUGCUACAAAGUGAGAAUACUUUUUAAUUAUUAUUAUUAUUACGUUUGGGAACAUUUAAAUUAUAACGUAUAAAAUUAUAAAAGUACAAAAAAAUGCAAGUAUGUUUUUUGUUUGUUUACAUUUUUGAUAAUUUUGCGAAAUGUAUUUUAACGAAGAAUCAGUAGAAAUUCUUUCAAUUUAAUCUUGAAAUAGUGAAAACAUUUUUAGUUUUAUGUGAAUAUUAUACUAUUCUAACGACAAUUAAUUAUUUCAUUGUCUUUAAUUUUCAUUUCCAUUUCAAAAUACAGGUGCAAUUACGAAUUAAAUGUGCCAUCGAUGAUAUGAUUACUCUAAAGCAGUGAUUAUUAUAUGUAUCUGUGUUUAUUUGUAUUCAAUUUUAGCUUCAAUUUUAUAUAUUAGCUAAAUUGUGAUACCUACACUUGAUGUCGUGUGGGGAUGAACAUCAAAUGAUACAAUUCAAAGUAACUACUAGUUCUAAGUUCAAAAAUGGCAUCGACUAUUUGAACAGUGAAUGACUUGUUGUGAUACUUACACUUGAUGUCGUGUGGGAUGAACAUCAAAUGAUACAAUUCAAAGUAACUACUAGUUCUAAGUUCAAAAAUGGCAUCGACUAUUUGAACAGUGAAUGACUUGUUGUGAUACUUACACUUGAUGUCGUGUGGGACGAACAUCAAAUGAUACAAUUCAAAGUAACUACUAGUUCUAAGUUCAAAAAUGGCAUCGACUAUUUGAACAGUGAAUGACUUGUUGUGAUACUUACACUUGAUGUCGUGUGGGACGAACAUCAAAUGAUACAAUUCAAAGUAACUACUAGUUCUAAGUUCAAAAAUGGCAACGACUAUAAUUUGAACAGUGAAUGACUUGAAAUUUUCAACUAUAUAAUAAAAUUGUGAUAUGUGUAGAAUAAAUAAAGUUUAAGUAGUGUAUUAGAUACAAUCUAUUUAAUUUGUAAUACAAUAAACAGUGAAAUUUACAAAACAUAAA